AUGGCCACCAUCCAGUCCGAGACCGACUGCUAUGACAUCAUCGAGGUGCUGGGCAAGGGCACCUUCGGGGAGGUGGCCAAGGGCUGGCGGCGAAGCACGGGCGAGAUGGUGGCCAUCAAGAUCCUCAAGAAUGACGCCUACCGCAACCGCAUCAUCAAGAACGAGCUGAAGCUACUGCGCUGCAUGAGGGGCCUGGAUCCGGAGGAGGCCCACAUCAUCCGCUUCCUCGAGUUCUUCCACGACGCCCUCAAGUUCUACUUGGUCUUCGAGCUGCUGGAGCAAAACCUUUUCGAAUUCCAGAAGGAGAACAACUUCGCCCCCCUCCCUGCCCGCCACAUCCGCACGGUCACCUUGCAGGUGCUCAGAGCCCUGGCCCGGCUCAAGGAGCUGGCGAUCAUCCAUGCUGAUCUCAAGCCCGAGAACAUCAUGCUGGUGGAUCAGACACGCUGCCCCUUCAGGGUCAAGGUGAUUGACUUCGGCUCAGCCAGCAUCUUCAGCGAGGUGCGCUACGUGAAGGAGCCGUACAUUCAGUCGCGCUUCUACCGGGCCCCCGAAAUUCUGCUGGGGCUGCCCUUCUGUGAGAAGGUGGACGUGUGGUCCCUGGGCUGCGUCAUGGCUGAGCUGCACCUGGGCUGGCCCCUCUACCCGGGCAACAAUGAGUACGACCAGGUGCGCUACAUCUGCGAGACGCAGGGCUUGCCCAAGCCCCACCUGCUGCACGCCGCCCGCAAGGCCUACCACUUCUUCAAGCGCAACCCCCACCCUGAUGCCAGCAACCCCUGGCAGCUGAAGUCCUCGGCCGACUACCUGGCCGAGACCAAGGUGCGCCCACUGGAGCGCCGCAAGUACAUGCUCAAAUCACUGGACCAGAUUGAGACGGUGAACGGCGGCGGGGCGGCCAGUCGGCUGACCUUCCCGGACCGCGAGGCGCUGGCGGAGCACGCGGACCUCAAGAGCAUGGUAGAGCUGAUCAAGCGCAUGCUGACGUGGGAGUCGCACGAGCGCAUCAGCCCCAGCGCCGCCCUGCGCCACCCCUUCGUGUCCAUGCAGCAGCUGCGCAGCGCCCACGAGACCACCCGCUACUACCAGCUCUCGCUGCGCGGCUGCCGCCUCUCGCUGCAGGUGGAGGGCAAGCCGGCCACGGCCGUGGUGGCCGCCGCGGAAGACGGGCCCCCCUACUACCGGCUGGCCGAGGAGGAGGAGCCCGUGGGCCUGGGCAGCGCGGCAGGCAGCGGGCCCUUCUGCGAAGAGAAGGCCCCGGGCGUGCAGAGGGCCAUCGAUCAGCUGGAUGACCUGAGUCUGCAGGAGGUGGGGCGCGGGCUGUGGGGCGAGACCCGAGCCGAUGUGGUUCCCGACAUGCUGGCCCCACUCAAGGCCACCGCUGUCCGCCGGGUGCCCGACUCCGGCCCGGAGCCCAUCCUGGCCUUCUACGGCAGCCGCCUGGCAGGUCGCCACAAGGCCCGCAAGCCGCCCGCGGGCUCCAAGUCCGACUCCAACUUCAGCAACCUCAUCCGGCUGAGCCAGGCCUCACCUGAGGAUGAUGGGCCAUGCCGGGGCAGUGGCUGGGCAGAAGGAGAGCGCCUCGGGGCCUCCGCCGAGCCGCCCACCCUGCCACAGCGGGAUGGGGAUGGACCAGACAUGAAGGACAUGACCAUGGAUGCUGAUGGGCCAGGCCCUGAGCUCUUCGACCCCAGCAGCUGCCCUGGGGAAUGGCUAAGUGAGCCAGACUGGACCCUGGAGGGUGUCAGGGGGCCCCGGGCUCAGGGGCUCCCAGCCCACCACGUUCACCCGCACGGUCCACCCCGGGCUACCAGCUUUCUGCAGCAUGUCGGUGGACACCACUGAUGGUGACCCCAGCCCUGCCCAUCACUGGGGGCUGCGCUAGCUGGGCUGGCAUCCCCACCUCAGAAGCCAUUUCCUGAACCCACAAAUUAUUCUUAGAGAAAGAUAGUUAUCCAGAGAUUCCCCAUUACCCUCACCCACGGUGCAUGCCAGCACACACACCCCAAACACAGGAGGGCCUUAGGGUCUGGCCCUUGGCCCCUAGGCUGAAGGGACACAAGAAGGGGGCUGCACCUCACUGGCCCUGAGUAUGCCCUCUGCCCUGCUGCCUCUGCCUAUUUCAAUAAAGAACUGUUCAGCAGCCCUGCCUGAGGCCCGGACUGGGGCUGGGGUGGGGUUCAGGCUGGCGCACGGGACCCUGCUGUCUGACACUGCGCCGUGGGCCACUGGCUCAGGUUGGAGGCUGGGCUGCCAUCACCCAGUGCGCAUGCACGGCCUGUCUCCUAAAUAUUCUAAGCGCUUGGCACACGAGAAUCCACCCUUGGAACGUACCCAAGUGUCCAUCACGUGCCAAUCCAAGCUUGCCAAACGCCAAGUUCUCAUCUGUUGACCUGCCCUGGCCACACGUACGGGCUUGGCAUGCACUCACCCAUGCUUGGGUCAUGGUAACCAUGGAUUCACUUGGGAGGCAUAAAUUCAUGCUUGGUGUACACUGUGGUGUUCAGACACACGCAUCCACCCUUGGGAUAUGGUGAUGGUUCAGGGUGUGCCCACCUGGGAACGUGCUGAGUGUACGGCACACACUACCCUAUGCUGGCUACACGAGGCUCAGCUCACGCCAGUCCAUGUGGUCACGUGCUCCAUGCUCAGCGCUUCCUGGCUCCUGUGCAUUCCGCACUGAGGGCUCAGCACAUGCAGUCACAUGCUACGUGCUCAGCACAUGCCAAAUCCAUGUUAAGGGCACAG